AUGCCGACAGAAAGAGUGAACUUGAAGCUUCUGGUGGACAAGACCAACCGGAGGGUGCUAUUUGCUGAAGGUGGGAAGGACUUUGUCGACUUCCUCUUCCACAUCCUCGCAUUGCCGGUCGGAACGGUGAUCAGGCUCCUCGAGAAAAUAGGGAUGGUCGGCAGUUUAGGCAAUCUCUACAGCAGCAUCGAGAAGCUGAAUGAUGUAAUCAAUGCCAAAACCUACUACAGGUGCUCUUCCCGUUCGUCGGUUAGCUGUUCGACCUAUGUGGCUGAGCACCCUUCUGCAAAAUGUCCUAAUUGCGGAAAUUCCAUGAACCAAAGAUCCACUUUUGUCGAAUCGCCGGCUGGUAACCUGACAGCUGCUGUGGCAUCAGCGGCUGAAUCGGCCGGAAAGGGUGGUUUCGUGCAAGGGUUGGUGACGUACAUGGUGAUGGACGAUCUGGUGGUCAAGCCGAUGUCGACUAUUUCGAGCAUUACUUUGCUCAAUCAGUUCAACGUAAAGGAGAUUGGGCAUCUUGAGGAGAAGGUGGUCAACUUGGGAAUGGACGAGGGUAUAAAGCUGCUGAGGGCAUCAUUACACUCCACGAAUGUUCUCACUGACGUUUUCCUUGAUGAGAAGUGA